UGGGCUCGCAGUGGGUUUCUGAAACGUGCCGGCUUCAGAAAAUGGACGACUCCGCAGCAGCAGGUUCAGGAAAUUUCAAUCCCUAUGGAGGCAAAACUGUAGAAGAAUGUGAAGACAUGAUCAGGAAAAGCCUCAGAACUCCAACAGUGAAGUUUCUGAAAGAGAAUCUUGAGAAAGCUGGUUGUGUAAUUGGGGAGAAUUUCAUUAAAGCUAUCAAGUGUGAUAAGGCGAUUAGUGGUGGAUACGUUCGUGGCAAAGGGAUAAUAGUAUGUAGUAACCAUAUGAACUUACAAGAUGAGGUGAAUCAAGUGGUUAUCCAUGAAUUGAUUCAUGCUUAUGAUGACUGUAGGGCUGCAAAUUUGGAUUGGACUAAUUGUGCUCAUCACGCCUGCAGUGAGAUUCGUGCUGGACAUCUGAGUGGUGAUUGCCACUACAAGCGCGAGUUGCUGCGUGGGUUCAUGAAGUUAAGAGGUCAUGAACAAGAAUGUGUGAGAAGAAGAGUUAUGCUGUCAAUGGCUGCAAACCCUUAUUGUUCACAAACAGCUUCAAAGGAGGCCAUGGAUGCUGUGUGGGAUGUUUGUUACAACGACACUAAGCCCUUUGAUAGAGCUCCUUGAAAGAAAAACAUUGUUGCUGCGGAUGCCUUUGUUUUCCCUAAUAAUGAGAACUUCCUCAUUUUGAAACUCAAUUUUGUAAUUGUUCUCAUUUUUGUAAAGAGAUUAGAUAUCGGUACAAACCAUUUUUGUGGUA